UGAGGUCAGUAUUGGCCUGUAUUAGUCUUAAAAUCUUUACUUGGGCUUAUUCUUGUAGUAUGUGGUUUUGUUGUGGAUAUUAUACUCAAACCUUUCUUUUUGACAUGGAGCCUAAGGCAGAAUUAGGUUUUGUCCCCGGAGUUCCAUUCAGAGCUGUGUUUGGAUCCUGGAUUAGUGGAGGGAAAGGAAAAGUAAUGGGAAAAGGUUCUGGAAGACGGUGUUCUUGAUCCAGAGACAACUGUGGUUUCUAUAUUCCCAUCACCAAUGCACUAUGCGGGUCCAACAGAAGUGCAGUGGCAUGCAAAGGCUCGGAUCAAUGCGGGGGCCAACUUUUAUAUCGUGGGUCGGGACCCAGCUGGUAUGACCCAUCCAGUUGAGAAAAGAGAUUUAUAUGAUGCUGACCAUGGGAAGAAGGUCCUGAGCAUGGCUCCUGGACUGGAAAGGCUGAACAUCCUGCCUUUCAAGGUGGCUGCAUAUGACAAGACUCGGGGUAAGAUGGCAUUCUUUGAUCCCUCAAGGUCUCAGGACUUUCUGUUCAUUUCAGGCACAAAGAUUCGAGCGCUAGCGAAGAGCGGAGAGAACCCUCCGGAUGGGUUUAAGUGUCCCGGUGCUUGGAAGGUGUUGGUAGAAUACUACGACAGUUUGGCUCCCACCGGCAAUAGCAAAGUCGCUAAACCUGUGCCUGCAUAGAAGGAUUUGCUGUAUGAUUAUGUCAUAGUUUGGGAGAAACUAAAGACUAUAUUCACUCUCCAUUGGGUUAUUUGUUCAAAGGUAUGUAAAGAUUCAGUGUCCAGCUCUUGAAUAAAUCAUGAGGCAGAUUUGUCCUCGUAGCUGUCAUUA